GCAAGCAAGUUGCGUGAAGCGACGCUAGUAGGUACCUACUACCUUUUGUAAUGUUAGAAAUUUUAUUGUAAAUAACAUUGAAACGAGUGUUCCUAGCAAGUAACUAAAAUUUGAACCAUGGCACAAGCUGAAGAUACUGAACUUCGUGACUUAGUUAUAGAAGCUUUAGAAAAAAAUGGUUCUCUUGCAAAAAUACGUGCUUUGUUACGUGCAAACAUAUUCUUGGCAUUCGAAGACGAAUGUGAUAAUUUGAAGAUUAAUGAUACGUUAGUUAAAGUAUUACAACUACCAGAAGGUAAAUUUUGUCUUUCUAUAAUACAUGAAUUUUUGGAAUUCUGCAAUCUUCGAAACACGUUGUUUGUGUACAAAUCGGAAAGUAGACAAGGAAAGGAAUACAAUUAUGACAGUGUACACACUUACGCAGAGGAACUGAAUAUAUCGAAGUUCGAAAGGGAGAACGAGCCUAUCUUAUUAACACUUUUAAAAAAUUGUUUGAAACCUGGUUCAAAAACAAGUUUUAGUCAGAGAGAUAAACUUAGUAACACACGCCAGUGUAGUAGUUAUAAAGAUGACCAAAAUUCUACUUAUAUUGUAAAUGAGGAUUCAAGCACCAAUACCAGCCAUACUCAAUCAGACAAUUUUUCAGAUGAAAAGAAUAAAAUUGACUUGCGAUUAACUUUGGACAAUUCUGACACAGAUACCUCUAGUGACUCAACAAGAGGUCAGACACGUUCAGAAUAUAUUCCAAGUAAGCACAUAGAUGCAAUGAAUAGUAAAAUGAAAGAAAAUCAAAAUAUAUCAGAACAAAGUCACCAACAACAAGAAUUGCAAAGUAAUUACAAUUAUGUUGCUAAAAAUAGUGUUAGUGAAAACUGUCUUCGCGAUUUAAAGAUAGUUAAUAACAGCAGUACAGAAUCAACUUCUUAUGCAGAACUAAAACCAUUUAAUAUGUUAGAUACAGUUCUACUUAAUACUUCAGGCUUACCAUUUCAUGAGGUUAAACAUGAGAAAAAAAAGUUAUCCCCUCAUAAUUCAAACUCUACAGCCUCAAAAAUUGAGUCAUUAUCUACAAAUCACACAUUAAACAGUACUUCUGCAUCAAAAAAAGAUAAUAUUAGUCAUCAAGAUUCCAAAGCAAGUGUAAAUAACUCUUCUGAAAAAUAUGAUGACUACAGUUAUGAUUUCACAUCACCUCCCAUUUCUGAAAGGAAAGAUGGACCAGAUAAACAAAGUCCAAGAUCAGGCCAACUAAAUUUAAUUGCUAAUAAAUCGAAUAAUACUUCAAUAGAAAGUAAUCAACAUAAUUCACCCAGUUCACAGAGUUCAAUUUCACUAUCUGAUGUUGCAGAUUUAAUUAGUGAUAGAAGCAGUAAAAAAUAUAGUCCAAAUAGUGUAUCUAACCUACAUAAGCUGUCUAAUAGAAGUUUAAUAAAAGAUCAUGUGAAAAUGUUAAGCGAUGAUUCUGGUGACUUUUCUGAAUCACCUAUUCCAUCUCUAUCUAAUCUUAGUCUUGAUAUACAUAGUGACUGAAUAGUUUUAUUUUUAGUUAAAAUGUAUGCUAAUAGAAAACAAUAUUGUUUAUAUGAACUCAUUCAGAAAUUGAAAGUUAUUUUAGAAGAUUCUAUAAUGCUAGUAGUCUAUCUAUUAACAAUUCAUUAUCAAAUACAAGAAGUUGCCUGCCACUGCAUAUAAGAAAAAGAAUGAAAAUACAUUUAUUUAUAUAAUUA